AAUGAGCCUCAGCCCCACGAGUCACGCAAAGGACUGUGAACAAGAUCAAUACUAAAUGUCAAGCUCCCCUGCGAUGGAGGACGCUGCAACGGUCAGGGAAAGGUUGCGAUCCGCACUUCGUGCUCGCAACGCUCUGAGCGACGCAGUGAAAGGGACGCUGAACCUGGCCAUCGAAACUGCAGAUCAGACUACGCGGGGCAAGUGGGACGCGCAAGUAUAUGCUCUAAGCGCCGAAGUUGCUGCGAUUGAACGCACACUCAAGGCAGUACAGCAUGAGCUAUCUCUGGCUACGUGUGGCCUAAAUAAGGUCGUCAACAUGUCCUCCACACUAUGCCGCCUUCCCGAUGGCCUACUGGCGGAUAUUUUCCGUCAUGGAGCAGAAAGUUGUAUCGAAGCCGAGGACGAAUAUAUUUUCUUAUCAACCAUCACGUCGACGUGUCAUCAUUGGCGCGAAGUAGCCAUCAACGCACCUUUCCUAUGGACCCGAACUACCAUCAAAGCAGGGUCCUAUGACCCUAUGAUGUAUACUUACUUGGAUCGAGCCAAACAGGCACCCUUACGUCUGACGAUCGUCCUGGAGAACGAUUUCAUACAAUGGAGUUCCGAACACAUUAACCAAUGGACUACCGCUCUUGCACCGUACUUCGCCCGGGUGCAUAAACUCAUUGUCCGGACGAACGAGCCAAGCGGAGCCAAAUCCCUGUUUCCGUUAAAAACCCCCAUGCCGUACCUUAGACAGCUUACAUGGAUGAAUGGAAGGAGUGAAGAUGUGGAGGACGACGACGAAGCCGGUGACGAAGGGCCGCCGCGUGUCAAGCUUUUCGAAAUAGACGACUUCGCACCACCCCAUUACCGACUUGAGUUUAACGGGCAGCGUUACGUUGUUGAUUGGGAUGAAGCCGUCUUAGCCAAAAUAACACACCUGGACCUUGACAAUCUCGCAGGACGCCCUUCCGCUGACGUGGUUCGCCUCGUUGCUCGCUGUCCUAACCUGAAGCGGUUGCGUUGGGUGCAAUACUUAGGCGAAGAUGACCUUGUGGAGAGUGGGACUCAGAUGCCCAAGUUCCGUUCAGAUAGUUUGGAGGUCCUGGACAUAGACAUCCCUGACAACAGUGACGAACAACGGAGUAUCCUAUGGCACAUGGAUUUCCCACGUCUUUAUAGUCUAUCCAUCAUCGCUCGCUCACCGAAUUCGCAUUGGGCUGAGCAAGGCUUGGGUGACAGACUGCGUUUCCCACAGCUUCGGUCAGCUUGGAUCUCGUCGCAUGCCUUUUCUCCUACCACCGCUAUGCGCUUCCUCCACGCUCACCCUACUGUCGAACAGUUCGGUUGUGGGGUGGGUUCGUCUAUUGGCGGUGUGCUCUCCUUCCUCAUCGAAUCUUCUUCAAACCUCCAUGGUCCACUCCGCUUACCGAGCCUCAAGUUUGUCUACUUCCUGGAUACAGCAUGUGCGAAUCAGCCCGGAAAGUUCUGUGACAUGAUUCGUUCAUUAAUGAAGGCGAGAGUUGACCUGAAGGACGAGAAGGGUAACGCGACCCCCUUCAGAGUUCAACUGAACGAUGAGACCUGGCGAGACAGCUCAAACAUAGCCGAGGAGAUCUUACACUUAGCGGAGAAGGAGUACCCAGGCCAAAUCAAGCUCUCAGCUGCUGAUGACACAGUUCCUUACAUGUUUAGCUAUGAGCAGGCGUAGAGGUCUGCAUGCUCUCUUAUCGGGGCUGGCUGGUAAACUAGUCUCAGCUAUCCGUUUGCUUUCGGUUGCACUGUAUAUCCAUUUCCGUACUAAUAUUUCUGUACCAUUUAAUAUUCUGUACUUCUCCAUGUCAUCCAUGCCAUUGUUCACUCAAGC